AUGGCUGGUGUCACAUCACAGGCAGCGGCGGUGUUCUCCCUGGUGAAUGAAGUCUUUAACCGGUCCAUCAAUUUGAUCGUCGCGGAACUCCGGUUGCAGUUGAAUGCGAGAGCCGAGCUGAACAAUCUGCAGAGAACACUAUUGAGGACUCACUCUCUGCUCGACGAGGCAAAGGCGAGGCGGAUGACUGACAAGUCUCUCGUGCUGUGGCUGAUGGAGCUCAAGGAAUGGGCCUACGACGCCGACGACAUCCUCGACGAGUACGAGGCCGCAGCAAUCCGACUGAAGGUAACACGCUCGACCUUCAAACGUCUUAUCGAUCAUGUGAUUAUAAAUGUUCCAUUAGCGCACAAAGUAGCAGACAUCAGGAAAAGGUUGAACGGGGUCACUCUUGAGAGGGAGCUAAAUCUGGGUGCGCUGGAAGGGUCGCAGCGGCUUGAUGCCACAGAAAGAGGUGUGACCACUUCUCUUCUGACUGAAUCUUGUAUUGUCGGGCGAGCUCAAGAUAAGGAGAAUUUGAUUCGGUUGCUGUUGGAGCCCAGCGAUGGGGCGGUUCCUGUUGUUCCUAUAGUUGGAUUAGGAGGGGCAGGGAAGACGACUCUGUCUCAGCUUAUCUUUAAUGACAAGAGAGUGGAGGAGCAUUUCCCAUUGAGAAUGUGGGUGUGUGUGUCUGACGAUUUUGAUGUGAAGAGAAUUACUAGAGAGAUCACAGAGUACGCCACCAACGGAAGGUUCAUGGAUCUCACCAACUUGAAUAUGCUUCAAGUUAAUCUGAAAGAGGAGAUAAGGGGGACGACAUUUUUGCUUGUGCUGGAUGAUGUGUGGAACGAAGACCCCGUGAAGUGGGAAAGCCUGUUAGCCCCAUUAGAUGCCGGAGGACGGGGAAGCGUGGUCAUUGUGACGACACAGAGCAAAAAGGUCGCCGAUAUCACCGGCACGAUGGAGCCUUACGUUCUCGAGGAGUUAACGGAGGAUGACAGUUGGUCACUCAUCGAGAGUCACUCCUUCAGGGAGGCGAGCUGCUCUACUACAAAUCCUAGAAUGGAAGAGAUCGGGAGGAAGAUAGCCAAGAAGAUCAGUGGCCUACCUUACGGAGCAACAGCAAUGGGGAGAUAUCUAAGAUCUAAGAACGGAGAAAGCAGCUGGAGAGAAGUCUUGGAAGCUGAGACUUGGGAGAUGCCACCGGCUGCAAGUGAUGUGUUAUCCGCUCUAAGGAGAAGUUACGACAAUCUACCCCCUCAGCUGAAGCUCUGUUUUGCCUUCUGUGCUCUGUUUCCAAAGGGCUACAGGUUUCGAAAGGAUACACUGAUCCACAUGUGGAUAGCUCAAAAUUUGAUUCAAUCAACAGAGUCGAAAAGAUCGGAGGACAUGGCAGAAGAAUGCUUUGAUGAUUUGGUGUGCAGAUUCUUCUUUCGGUACUCCUGGGGAAACUAUGUGAUGAAUGACUCAGUCCAUGACCUCGCUCGAUGGGUUUCAUUGGAUGAAUAUUUUCGAGCAGAUGAAGACUCACCAUUGCAUAUUUCAAAGCCGAUUCGUCAUUUGUCAUGGUGCAGUGAAAGUAUAACCAAUGUUCUUGAGGAUAAUAACACUGGUGGAGAUGCUGUCAAUCCGCUCAGCAGUUUGCGCACUCUCCUUUUCUUAGGCCAAUCUGAGUUCCGGUCGUCUCAUCUUCUUGAUACAAUGUUCAGGAUGUUGAGCCGAAUCCGUGUUUUGGAUUUCAGCAACUGUGUCAUAAGAAAGUUGCCUUCUUCGGUUGGAAAUCUGAAACAUCUGCGUUACCUGGGCCUGUCUAAUACGAGAAUUCAAAGGUUGCCGGAGUCUGUAACACGUCUUUGCCUCCUUCAGACAUUGCUACUAGAGGGCUGUGAACUGUGCAGGUUACCAAGAAGCAUGAGCAGGCUCGUCAAACUGAGGCAGCUCAAAGCAAAUCCAGAUGUAGUUGCCGACAUAGCCAAAGUCGGGAGAUUGAUCGAACUUCAAGAGCUGCCAGCCUAUAAUGUUGACAAGAAAAAAGGACAUGGGAUUGCAGAGCUAAGUGCAAUGAAUCAGCUUCACGGUGGUCUUUCCAUUAGAAACCUUCAAAAUGUAGAGAAAACGCGAGAGUCUCGGAAGGCGAGGUUGGACGAGAAACAGAAGCUUAAGCUCUUGGAACUGCGAUGGGCUGAGGGUAGGGGUGACGGAGAAUGUGAUCGUGACAGGAAAGUUCUUAAAGGCCUCCGACCACAUCCAAACCUGAGAGAAUUGAGUAUCAAAUACUACGGAGGCACUUCAUCUCCGAGAUGGAUGACGGAUCAGUAUCUGCCCAACAUGGAAACGAUUCGCCUGCGUAGCUGCGCAAGGUUGGCGGAACUCCCAUGUCUCGGUCAGCUGCAUCUCCUUAGACAUUUGCACAUCGAUGGGAUGUCCCAAGUGAGACAAAUCAAUCUGCAAUUUUAUGGCACCGGAGAAGUUUCAGGUUUUCCAUUGCUGGAGCUCCUGAACAUAUGUCGCAUGCCCAGUCUGGAGGAAUGGUCGGAACCACGGAGAAACUGUUGCUACUUCCCUCGCCUCCAUAAGCUGCUGAUCGAGGAUUGUCCCAGGCUCAGGAAUCUGCCCUCCCUCCCACCAACACUGGAAGAACUAAGGAUAUCAAGAGCAGGACUAGUUGAUCUUCCAGGAUUCCAUGGAAACGGUGAUGUGACGACGAAUGUUUCCCUUUCUUCUUUGCAUGUUUCGGAGUGUCGAGAACUGAGAUCCCUAAGCGAAGGAUUGUUGCAGCACCACCUCGUCGCGCUCAAGACAGCGGCAUUUACCGAUUGUGAUUCUCUUGAAUUUUUGCCGGCGGAAGGAUUCAGAACAGCCAUUUCACUUGAAUCAUUGAUAAUGACUAAUUGUCCACUGCCUAGCAGUUUUCUUUUGCCUUCCUCUCUCGAGCAUCUAAAGUUGCAGCCAUGCCUCUAUCCAAACAACAAUGAGGAUUCACUGUCAACAUGCUUCCAGAACCUCACAUCUCUUUCCUUCUUGGACAUCAAAGAUUGUCCAAAUCUGUCAUCAUUUCCACCGGGUCCUCUAUGUCAGCUAUCAGCACUCCAACAUUUGUCCCUCGUCAAUUGCCAGAGGCUACAAUCUAUUGGCUUCCAGGCACUCACCUUCCUCGAAAGCUUGACAAUUCAGAACUGCCCUCGCCUCACCAUGUCACACAGUUUGGUUGAGGUGAAUAACUCUUCCGAUACAGGGCUCGCGUUUAAUAUCACUCGAUGGAUGCGCAGACGAACAGGUGACGACGGCUUGAUGCUCAGACACCGAGUACAAAAUGAUUCAUUUUUCGGGGGACUUCUGCAACACCUCACCUUCCUCCAGUUUCUAAAGAUCUGCCAGUGUCCACAACUCGUAACCUUCACCGGCGAAGAGGAAGAGAAGUGGAGAAACCUUACUUCUCUUCAAAUUCUGCACAUCGUUGAUUGUCCAAACCUGGAGGUACUGCCUGCAAACUUGCAAAGCCUCUGCUCCCUCAGCACCUUGUACAUCGUCAGAUGCCCAAGAAUCCAUGCGUUUCCUCCCGGAGGUGUCAGCAUGUCCCUGGCACAUUUGGUCAUCCAUGAAUGCCCUCAGCUGUGUCAGCGAUGUGAUCCACCAGGAGGUGAUGAUUGGCCCUUAAUAGCUAAUGUACCAAGAAUAUGUCUUGGAAGGACUCAUCCAUGUCGCUGUAGCACCACCUGAAGCAAGCUUAUGUCAUUCCUAGAGGUGCAAGUGCUUCUGCUGGUUGUAGCUUUUUUGAAGAGAAGGUAGUCUAUGUAUGGAGAUGUUUGCGAUGCUUCAAGGACUUCGAUUGGCUGCUGCUGGUGCUGGAUUGAGGAACAUUGCCAUUGAAUCUGAUUCAGUGGAGGUCGUUAAAACAGUUAAUAAGGAAUCUGAUCCUUCUUGGAACCAAACCAAAUCAACUUAGUUGUAUUUUGAUCUCCUUCGAGAGCAUUGUAGCUGUUCCAUGUGUAUAGGAAAAGGAAUGGAUGUGUUGAUUGGUUGGCUGGCCGGGUGUGGUUAACUAAAAUCCUUUUUCUUUUUUUUGUAGAGAGGCCACUGAUCUGAUCCUCUUGUUACUUUUUUGCGUGUUGAUUCAUUCAUCGG